AUGCCUACAUACGAAGUGAAAGUCUUUACUGGCAACCUUAAUUGGGCUGGUACUCACAACAAUAUAUUCAUCAAACUUGCAGGAACCAAUGGGGAGAGUGACCGCACGUGUAUCUCGACGUGGGGAGGCUUCUGGAUUGGAGACCAAUCCAACUUCAGUCUGAGUUGUUCUGAGUCGCUGGGAGAUCUGGUGAUGUUGGAACUGGACAAGCAGCCAGUGGCACUCUGGCCAAGUGACUCCUGGUUCGUGGACAAAGUGGAAGUGCAGUCCCCAGAAGGAAAAGUCUACAAGUUCCCCAUUUACCACUGGAUCCACGAUGAACAGGUCCAUUAUUUCAGAGAGGGGACAGCUACGAAAUUGUCACAAGACUGUCAUCAUCUCACCCUCUAUGCAAGGGAGAGGGAGUUAAGGCACAGGAAAGAAGAAUACUGUUGGAAGGUUUAUGCUCAGGGCCUUCCUCACUGCAUCAAAGCUCAUAGUGCAACUGGUUUGCCUCCUGAAGUUGAGUUCUCCUUCACAAAAGACAUAGAAUUCCAAUUUACUGCUUUAAAGGGGCUGUUGGAGCUGAAACUGACGCAUUUGGAAAAUAAUGAAUCUCCUUGGGCUGAUAUGGAUUCCAUUAAACACAUGGCUUUCUGCCACAAAACAGAUGUCACAGUGCACGUGGAGCAGAACUGGGAGAAUGAUGAUUUCUUUGGUUACCAGUAUCUGAACGGACUGAAUCCCAUGUUGAUCCGCCGCUGCAGCUCUCUACCCACAAACUUCCCUGUCACCGAGGCCAUGCUGUGUCUGGAGGGGGGCAGAACUUUGGCACAAGAGAUGGAGGAUGGCAACAUGUUCUUGUGUGACUACAAAAUGUUGGAUGGAGUGCAGACUAAUGUUAUUAAUGACAAAGUGCAAUAUCUGGCAGCUCCUCUUGUUCUAUUUUACAAAACCUCUGAUGACAAACUGAAGCCAUUGGCCAUUCAGCUCAACCAGACUCCUGCAGAGGACAAUCCCAUCUUUCUCCCCACUGACUCCAAGUACGACUGGUUACUGGCCAAGACCUUUGUGAGAGCUGCCGAUUUCAUGGAGCAUGAGCUGAACAGACACCUGCUGCGCACUCACCUGCUGAGUGAAGUCUUCUCCGUGUCUCUGCUGAGAAACUUUCCAAGGGUUCAUCCUCUAUACAAGGUGAGCUCUGCUCUGUGGCAUCACCACUGGAAGGACAAAGAUUUUUUCCAAAAUAGUUUUGGACUGGGAAUUUGCCCAGUUACAACUCGAAACAUGUCGGCUCCUGUCCAUUAUCAAGACAAAGCACCUAUGAUCUCCAUGAGUGCCAUGGACAAGUCUCAAGGUUCUCCAUCCCCUUCUACAUGUGGUGGAUAUGAACAACUCCUGGUUCCUCACACUCGUUACACUCUACAGAUCAACGUCCUGGCCAGAGAGAGGCUGAUUUCUAAAGACGGGGCUUUGACACUGAUAGGCGCCUGUGGAGUAGAGGGCAUGGACACCAUCCUCCAGAGGGCCCUGUCCUCGGUGACCUACAGCUCUCUGUGUGUCCCAGACAACAUCAAAGAGAGAGGAGUGGACUCAGUGCCCAACUACUACUACAGAGACGAUGCACUAAGUGUUUGGAACAUCGUGCACAGGUUUGUGAAAGGAGUGAUAACGCACUACUACAAGAGCGAUGAGGAGGUCCGAGAUGACUCUGAACUGCAGGCUUAUAUCAAGGAAAUAUUUGAACAUGGGUUUCUGUCUAAAACAGAAAGCGGAAUCCCACAGAGCUUCAGUGCUGUAGAUGAGGUGGUGAAGUUUGUGACUAUGGUCAUUUUCAAUUCCUCAGCCCAGCACUCAGCUGUCAACACUGGACAAUUGGACUUUGGUGAUUUCAUGCCCAACUUUCCGAGCUCCUUACAGCUGGCUCCACCGACUGUAAAGGGCAGAGCGAAAGAGCACACACUCCUGGAGACUCUUCCGGACAUCAACACCAGCGCAAAGACUCUGGCCGCGCUCUGGCUCCUCAGCACUCAGUCCACUGACUUUGUUCCUCUCGGUCAGUAUCCUCAAGAACUUUUCACUGAGAGUGUUCCUACAAAGCUGAUCGAGACGUUUGAAAAAGAGCUCAGAGAUUAUGAUGACGCAGUCGACUCCAGAAAUGAGAAUCUGAGUUUGCCGUACACUUACUUAAAGCCUAAACUCAUGGAAAACAGUGUGUCUCUUUAA